AUGGAACUCAUCAAUUACUUUGCCCUUCCUUCAACGCUGGACAUCAAGCCGCUCCCUUAUCUCGGACAUAUCACUCUCGUGUUGCUAGGAUCAGAAGCUUGUCCAGGCCGAAGUGCGGGGAGUUCGUCUCUCAUUGUUGAGCCCCAAGGCCCCUCCGGACAAGGAUCGGGGCACCUUGUCGCAAUUUCCCCGCAGCGGUGUUGGCCGCGGUUCCUGCUCCGGAGAUCGGCAUGCUUUAAGCGGCCGAGUUGCAGUAGUGUUAUUUUCCGCUUUCUGACGAUUUAUGAGCCCAGCUCCUAUCCGCUAUUGCCACAAUGGUUAAGUGCCGCAUUGUCUACAGGUCGUGUACCCAAAAAAGCGAAAGACGACCGUUCGAGUCUCCGUAUGGGCAUGGUUUUUCUAGCUGGGCUGAGGCGCAGUAUAGACGUCCAUUGUACAGAUGACGGCUCUAGGCGUCUGGGGGACUGCCCGAACGUUGCCACCAAGGACCGCCCUCCACUGACCCAGCGCUUCAGAGCAUCUUGCUCGGUUUACAUGUACGGAGUGAAGGAAAUAAGUCACGAUCGUCUGCAAGCAAACCAAAGGUCAACCCAGUAA